GACUCGAGUGUGUGCUUGCCUUAAUACAUACCCGCAACCCGCGCCGAUCGCACGCACCGCGAUCUAAAUUCUAAUUUCGAACUACGGACUUUGUUUGACAUUCCAAAAACAUUCGUUUUAACCUUAAAAUAAAUUUCGUUAUUUUUUAUUUAUGGCCAGUGUUAAUUGUUGUGUUUGAGUAACUUAAAAAAUAAAUUGGCAAUGGAAGUAAGUGCCAUGCCGCAUAUGCCUUUGGACUUUUCUAUGGUGAGGAGUGGAAGUGGCUCACCAGGGCCGAUGAGGGACACUUCUCCGAGGCCUGUAUCCAAUAGCGCCUUUAGAGUCGUUACACCCAAAGGAGUGUCAGCGAGCGAAGCUUUACGGAAUGGUCUCUGUCAGUCGUUAUGGAGUUCUGCCAGACCUGAAACUAGGCUGCCAUCACCACCACACAGCCACGACCCUUACACGCCAAGAGAUGAAAUAAAAUUUGGCAUCAGUCGCCUAGUAGGAGACAGAACUGAAGAGGACGAUGAAAGCCAUAAUGAGACCAGACCUGAGGGGGUAUCUCCAGCAUCUCGCUGCGGAAGCCCUUGCUGGCCCUCCCCCCAAUCCCCAAGAUCAGUUCGCUCAAGUUCCCCUGAACUAGAAGUCGAUUCCCCUCCAUCUUCACCGAGAAGACCACCCGAUUCGUCGUCACCACCUAAAAGAUCAGAAGCAUUUUCUAUGAGCGUUUUAUUGAGACCUGACGCGCCAAGAGCUCAGCCGCAAAGACCAUUUUUAUAUCCUCCGCUACCUUUUGCAGAGUUUUUGAGAGACGCUGGCAGUCUUGGUCUACCUGGGUGGGGUGGUUAUAGCAAUCUAUAUCUCCACGCUGUGCAAGCAGCAGGUCCUGAGUUAUUACGGCUUCGGGCUGCAGUUCUUGGUGCACAAAGUCCUCUGACCAGGCCGUUGCCGAUUGGGGACGUGUAUUCGUGUGUCAAGUGCGAGAAAAUGUUCAGUACCCCACAUGGGUUGGAAGUGCAUGCUCGGAGGUCGCAUAAUGGGAAAAGGCCGUUUGCUUGUGAAUUGUGCAGCAAGACUUUUGGACAUGAAAUCAGCCUCAGUCAGCACAGGGCGGUCCACAGCGUGGAGAAGGUGUUCGAGUGCAAGCAGUGCGGGAAGACAUUCAAGAGGUCCAGCACGCUGUCCACCCACCUGCUGAUCCACUCCGACACCAGGCCCUACCCGUGUCAGUACUGCGGGAAGCGGUUCCAUCAGAAAUCUGAUAUGAAGAAGCACACUUAUAUACAUACUGGCGAGAAGCCGCACAAGUGCCAGGUUUGCGGCAAAGCGUUCAGUCAGAGCUCCAACCUCAUAACACACUCCCGCAAACACACAGGGUUCAAGCCCUUCGCGUGUGAACUCUGUGGACGUGCGUUCCAACGGAAGGUGGACCUUCGAAGACAUAGGGAGACGCAGCACGCCGACUUGAGGCCCACUCAGCCUCAUAUGCAGCCUCAUGAUGUGCAGAUGCACGCGCCUGAGAUGCACUCACUCCCUGAACAUAGAAUAGACCUACGUCCGCCACAUCACGACUUUAGAUCAGCGCACAUGAGCACCUCCGUGCCCCCCCUCCAAGCCCUCCCCUCUUGAAGCACAACAGCCUUCGCGCCCGCAAACUGGCGCUAAGGCCUCAAAUGUCUUCGGUUUCUUCGGAUCAAUAGUAGUUAUAAAUAUCGUA